UAAUUGUAUUUGAUAAUCGUGGAAUUGGAGAAUCAACCGUUGUUUCUCUAUCUGACCCUAUCACUAUUGAGUUAAUGGCUCAAGAUACAAUUGAAUUGAUUAAACAUCUUGGAAUUAAAAAAUUUAACUUAUUUGGAGGAUCUAUGGGUGGUAAUAUCGCGCUUUGUGUUGCCUUGAACAUUCCAUCUGAUCUUAAGUUAGAGAAAUUAGUAAUUGGCUGCGGAUUUGCUCGAAUUCCGACUGGAGAAAAACUUCAAGAAGCUGAUAAAAAUUUUUCAUUACCAGAAAUGAGCUAUCCUAAAACUAUUCAGGAACAAAAAGAUAUGCUUCUUAAAGGCGAAAAGAAUUUUGCUGAUUAUCUACUUGAACAUCCUGAUAAAUUUGAUAAAAUUGCAGAGCUCUUAGCCAACACUACUGAUAGUAGACCAAUUGAAAUUUACAAACGUCAAUGGGAGGCAAUUAAAAAGGCUGAUUUUACUUCAAGACUACAUAUGAUCAAAGUUCCAACUUUGUUAAUUCAUGGUGAAGCUGAUGAAGUGGUUCCCAUUCAAGCAGCUGAGUUACUUGAUCGUGAAAUCCCCAAUACACAAUUUUAUAGGAUUCCUAAAGUUGGGCAUAG